GGAGCUCACUGACGGUGCCUGUGCUCGCAGCUGCUGGCGGAGGAGAACGUGCGCGGCGUGGUCACCCUCACCGAGGACUACGAGACCCGGUUCCUCUGUUUUUCCCCCCAGGAAUGGGAGGCAAUGGGAGUGGAGCAACUGCGUCUCAGCACUGUAGAUCUAACUGGAGUCCCCACCUUGGAAAACCUGCACAAGGGCGUGGAGUUCAUCCUGAGACACCGAGCCCGCGGUAACAGCGUCUAUGUGCACUGCAAGGCAGGGCGCUCCCGCAGUGCCACCAUGGUGGCAGCAUACUUAAUUCAGCUGCAUCACUGGAGCCCUCAGGAAGCAAUAGAGGCCAUUACCAAGAUUCGUCCCCAUAUCCUCAUUCGACACAAGCAAGUACAGGUCCUGGAGAAAUUUCACAGGAACAUGAUCAAUGAGAGAACUGCAUAACUUAGUAAGAACUAUCAAAAUCCUCAUCUCAGCUGCUAUAAAAGAAGUUUUUAUGAUCUAACAAAAGCUUAAGCAUUUUCAUUCUUAACCAAUGAAAUUAUUUCAUCAAUAAAGGGGGAAUAGGGCUGUUUCAUUAAA